AUGAAAAUCAAUGUAUCAUCGCUACUGUCCAUAGCGCUAGUAAUUAUCAUAUUACUAGUCAACGUGUGCACCGUUAGGUCGGCACCGGAACAGCUACAGGAUCUGGAUUACGACGGGUCGGACGGAUCGCCCGCAGGAUCGUCGGCUGCCGGCCGAUCGUCGUCGCCGUUGCGUAUGCCCUACCGAUACGGUAAACGGGGGGACAUCAUCAACAACAGUAACAACAACAAUAACCCGGAUAACUAUAAUCGGCUAAUCUAUUUGAAGUCUAUGAUCGCUGAUCGGGAGCGCCAACUAAGCCGGGCGUUGGAUGACUUAAUGGACCAAUUAUUAGGCCAAUUGCGAGUCAACUGUACACCAAAAGGCUUAAACAAUGGCUAUAACAAUAGUAAUCACGACAUCACCGCUAGUGGUGGAGGAGGUGGUGGUGGUGGACGACUGCCACACGAAACGGCACCCAAUUUCGGUAGUCCGUACGGUACGGUCGGUGGUGGCCAGGCCUAUGCCGGCAGUCCCGGUCAUCAGUCGAUACUGGAUUCGCAUGCAAACAGUGGCGUUAAUGCGCUUAUCUAUGUCGGUGUAGUACUAUUGCUAUACGUUAUAUUUAUGUCGUUCAUAAUGAUACGCUAUGUUAUGAUGAAAUCCCGGUGCAAAUCAAAUAACAUGGCUAAUACACCCUACUAUUUUGGUGGCGGCACCGGUAGAUAUAUGGGCGGGACAACCACUACAACAACGGCCGGUACAACAUUGGGCGCCCCAUCGGUUAGCGGUUAUCAGGCGGCCGGGGGUAAUGGUGGCGGUGGUUGUGGGGGUGGUAUAGGGGAACCGCCAUCAGUGUGUAUCGAUGAUGGGGGGGACGAAACGCCACCUGAAAUCAGAUUUAUUGAAACUGAAUUGUGA